CAUAAAAGUAAAUAAGCAGUCUCACUUCUCAGUUUGUAUUCUGUGAAUCUCUUUUUGCUUUUGGGACUGAUUUUCUUCAUCUUCUUCUUGCUCUGUCACCCAUAUCGGUUUCUAACUCCAAAGCCACCGCUUCAUGCUCUUUGUCUCUUCUCAAUCUUAUCCAAAUUAUUGUCUUCAAUUCUCUUCACUCUUUUUUUGUCUCUUCACCGCACCAUAUAAAAAACUAUCGUUUUUUCAGCACCAAAAUGGGUCUAAUCUUUAACCGAAAUGUGCAAUCUUCAUCGGUUCCGUGUUCUCUAAACUGAAUUUUUUUUUCCAUCUACGAGCUCAAUUGGGUUAUCCAUUUCAAUUCCGUCUUCGUAGCAGUCUGAUAUAUUCUCCGUUGAUUUUAGUUUUUCUGUUUUUUUUUUUUUGGUGCACUUGCACUUUCAAUUUUGAUUCUGAUAAGGGGGUUGAAAAAGACUGCGACUUUUUCAAAGGGUUGAUUAAAAAUGGUGUCAGGGAGCGACCCAGUUGAGUCUUUUUUCAAUUCCGUCCAGGUUGUGAAGGAAUCGCUGUCGCCACUGGAAGUGGGUAUACGCAAGGCGGCGAAGGAUCUCGAGCAUUGUUUGGCGAGGCCAAAGAACAAGGUCAAUGGUGUUUGUUUGAUUGCCCCAGUGAUGGAAGGUGGUGAAUUUCAGAUCUGUGAUGUAAAGAAGAAGAAGGGUUUAUCAAUGAAGGUUCCUUUUAAGGCUUUCUUGGGCAUGUUUUCAGGGAAUGGUGGUAGUGGUAACAAUAGAGCUCAAGUGGGGAGGGAAGACGGGCCUUCUUGCACCAAUUGUUUGAAGUUUGCGGUGACUUGGUCUUUGUUGGUUAAUGGGUUCCUUCAGUCUCUGCCACUUCCCUUCAAAUCUGGGAGGAAGAGGUUUCAGAAAGUGUGUGAUGAGGACAAGCUGUGUUCUUGCAUGAAGCCCACUGUUUCAUCAUGUGAGGUGAAGCAGAAUGAAUCCAAGGGAGGUCAGUUCGGUAGAGCAGUGAGGGAGAAGGGUGUGAAGAAGAAGGAUGGGAAGCAUGUUUCACUUGAGUGCCUUAUAGGUUUUAUCUUUGAUCAGUUAUCUCAGACUCUUCAGAGUCUUGAUCAUGGGGUGCAACAAAAUAAGGAUGACCUUGACUCUGGGGAAACAAGUCUGCCUCAACCUUCUUUUUCUCACUUUGGUCAUGUGAAUGCACUCUCAGGUUUCUUGGAGGAGCACAGAGUGUAUGUGAAUGGUUUCUUGGGGAAUUUGAGGUUUGCAAAGGUGGGUGGUGUGCCUCCAUCAAGUGCGCCUGGAGAAGAAAGCCCUUCAAUAAACGGAGAUGGAGAUAAUAGUAGUAAUAAUAAUGGUAAUGGUAAUGGUAAUGGUAAUAAUGAAAACAAGGAUGAAGCCGGAGGAAAUUCAAAUUCGCCGCAGAAGGUUGCCAACAACAUAUUCAGUAUUCCUCUUUCAAAUGUGGAGCGUCUAAGGUCUACACUUUCCACAGUUUCAUUGACAGAAUUGAUUGAACUGCUACCACAGUUGGGGAGAACAGUUAAAGACCAUCCUGAUAAGAAGAAACUAAUCUCGGUACAGGAUUUCUUUAGAUACACAGAGUCUGAAGGGAAAAGGUUCUUUGAGGAGCUGGAUAGAGAUGGUGAUGGCCAAGUAACUCUAGAAGAUCUAGAAGUUGCAAUGAGAAAAAGAAAGCUACCACGAAGAUAUGCUAAAGAGUUUAUGAGCCGUGCUAGAAGUCAUUUAUUUUCCAGGUCGUUUGGUUUGAAGCAGUUCUUGUCAUUAUUGGAACAGAAGGAGCCAACAAUUCUUCGUGCAUACACUUCUCUAUGUCUAAGCAAGUCAGGGACAUUAAAGAAGAGUGAAAUAUUGGAAUCACUAAAGAAUGCAGGACUACCUGCAAAUGAGGACAAUGCUGUUGCUAUGAUGCGAUUUCUCAAUGCAGAUACAGAAGAAUCUAUAUCAUAUGGACACUUCCGCAAUUUCAUGCUUCUGCUUCCCUCAGACCGUCUUCAAGAAGAUCCUAGGAGUAUUUGGUUUGAAGCUGCAACUGUAGUCGCUGUUCCACCAGCUGUUGAAAUUCCAGCAGGAAGCGUUCUAAGAUCUGCAUUGGCAGGUGGCCUUUCUUGUGCCCUGUCUUGUGCAUUACUGCAUCCAGUUGAUACAAUUAAGACUCGAGUACAAGCAUCAACCAUGUCCUUCCCUGAAAUAAUUUCUAAGCUGCCGGACAUUGGAAGGCGGGGUUUAUACAGAGGGUCAAUCCCUGCCAUUCUUGGACAGUUUUCGAGCCAUGGCUUGCGAACUGGGAUAUUUGAAGCUAGUAAACUGGUGUUGAUAAAUGUUGCUCCAACACUGCCAGAACUCCAGGUUCAAUCUGUAGCAUCAUUCUGUAGCACAUUUUUGGGAACAGCUGUGCGGAUCCCCUGUGAGGUGUUGAAGCAGAGGUUACAGGCUGGUCUUUUUGAAAAUGUGGGUGAGGCUUUUGUGGGGACUUGGGAACAGGAUGGCCUUCGGGGUUUCUUUCGUGGAACUGGAGCAACACUAUGCCGUGAGGUUCCAUUUUAUGUUGCUGGCAUGGGGCUUUAUGCAGAAUCUAAGAAGGUUGCCGAACGACUACUAGAGCGGGAACUCGGUCCCUUGGAAACAAUUGCUGUUGGAGCUUUAUCUGGUGGCUUGGCAGCUGUUGUCACGACGCCGUUUGAUGUCAUGAAAACUAGAAUGAUGACUGCUCAGGGUCGGUCUGUGUCAAUGACCUUUAUAGCCUUCUCUAUACUAAAACAUGAGGGACCCCUUGGCUUGUUCAAAGGAGCAGUGCCCAGGUUCUUUUGGAUUGCGCCUCUUGGUGCUAUGAACUUCGCAGGUUAUGAGUUAGCAAAGAAAGCAAUGAAUAAAAAUGAGGAGGGCAAGGCAGGAAGUGCAGAGUAAUAUCUUUGUUAACUGGGAUUCUGUCACACAGCAACCAAAUGUCUGGUGGAAUUUUUGAGUUUAUUGCAGCAAUCAUUGGAAUAAGGCCAUUGAUGCUGCUCUGAAUUACACAUUUUGUUUCCUUUUGUUCAUUUUAUACUUUUAUGAGAUUGCCCUUUAGCAGCAGAAUUAAAAAAUAUGUUCACCAUAUAAUUGCAAACUAUAAAGGUUCAAUUUAUUUCUUCAUCUAUUGUACAGAUUUUAAUCCUUUGUAUCUUUGAGCUCACAUCUUUUUUGUUUUCUUGGUCCA